AUGCGACGGGCAUUUGUGACGAUAGCACGUGGUGUACAAAAAGGAUUGAUAACGGAAAGUGAUAUUAAUGAAAGAUUGAUAUCGCAAUGCCUUGAUAGUCGUUUUUCAAGGGAUCCGGAUUUGCUGAUAAGAACAAGUGGAGAAACAAGGCUAAGUGAUUUCCUGUUAUGGCAGUGCUCCAAAUGCUGCAUAUAUUUUGAUAAGGCACUUUGGCCAGAAUUUGGUUUCUGGAAUUUAUGCAAAGCGAUUUACACGUAUCAACGAAAUUACGCCCGCCUAAAGGUCGAAUCUUUUGAUCUUGAACUAUACGAGAACUGUGCUGAACUGGAAAACUCAUCGGAAAAUGGCGAACGCGUUUCGGAAUUUCUUCGUUGGGCUGAAGAAGAACGUCAGGCAAAUUUACAACAAAUGGCUGCCCUCGUAUUCGAAUGA